CUUUCGAUCGGAGUUCGGUUCGUUCGUUUAUUCCAAUUCUUUGUCUUUUAUAUUUCUGUUUUCAAGGUAUGGCGUCGUCUGACAACCCAGAAGUGGUUGAGAGGGAUAUUAAGGAGAAAGAUCACAAGGAAGAUGAUAAAGAGGACGAGAAGGGAGGAUUUAUUGACAAGGUUAAGGAUUUCAUUCACAACAUUGGAGAGAAAAUUGAGGAAGCUAUUGGAUUUGGGAAACCAACUGCGGAUGUAACGGGGAUUCACCUUCCCGUAGUUAAUCUGGAAAAGGCAGAUAUUGUUGUUGAUGUACUUGUUACAAACCCCAAUCCCAUUCCUAUCCCUCUGAUAGACAUAAACUACUUAGUUGAGAGUGAUGGAAGGAAACUUGUAUCUGGAUUAAUCCCUGAUGCCGGGACUAUCCAUGCACAUGGUUCGGAGACUGUCAAGAUACCACUUACAUUGAUCUAUGCUGAUAUUAAAAACACAUAUGAUGAUAUUAAGCCUGGGAGCAUAAUUCCUUACAGGAUCAAGGUUGACCUCAUUGUAGAUGUACCUGUAUUCGGAAGGCUAACUCUACCUCUGGAGAAGACAGGUGAGAUUCCCAUACCCUACAAGCCUGAUAUUGAUGUUGAGAAAAUACACUUCCAGAGGUUCUCUUUUGAAGAAGCUGUUGCAGUUCUUCAUCUGAAAUUGGAAAACAAGAAUGACUUUGACUUGGGCCUCAAUGCCUUGGAUUAUGAAGUUUGGCUUGCUGAUGCUAGCAUUGGAGGUGCUGAACUUACCAAAUCAACUAAAAUUGAUAAAAAUGGAAUCAGUCGCAUAGAAAUCCCCAUCACUUUUAGGCCUAAAGAUUUUGGUUCUGCACUUUGGGACAUGAUUAGAGGAAAGGGUACUGGUUACACUAUGAAGGGAAACAUCGAUGUGGACACACCUUUUGGGGCAAUGAAGCUACCAAUCAGCAAGGAGGGUGGAACUACCCGCCUCAGGAAGAACAAAGAAGGUGGAGAAGAUGAUGAUGAUGAUGAUGAGGAGUAAUUGCUUUGUGAGUUGGGAUGGAAGGAUUAGAGAAGGUGUUGCUUGUUGCUUAGGAAGUAGCUGAUGUUUCAUGGUUAUAUAAUUAGAGGAUUGUGGUAGGUUGAAGAUGCUUGGACAAGGUACUU